ACAACACUUGUGAAUUGUGUGCGGACUCCGGGUGACCGGGGCGUGGUAGAUUCGCGGAGUGAGGACAGGAAAGCAGGCUUUUUGUGCGACCGGAGAAUAAAGAAACGAGACUUGGAUGCCGACCGGGACUUGAGCGACCGACUUCUGCCAACGAGACGACGAAAGAGACCAAAGGUGAAAGUGAUGUAAGUGAAGAAACGAGACACUGAAGCUCGCUUCACCUUCAACUAAUUCGGCUAGUGAUUAAAGAGAAGGUGACAAUAACAACAAUCACAAAAUAAGAGGGAAAAACAGGUAGCUGUUAAUUGAUUAAAGUAAAAGGCAAAGAUGACGUCCAUGCAGAACAUAGAUUCAGACCGACAAGAUCGGAUCUCCGAUGAUGAUGAUGACGAGCCAACCAGCGGCUCCGAGGGCUACGAAGAGGGCGACCUCUUAUCAGCGGCCAUGGAUGAUGACGUAACGGCCCAACUCGCCGCUGCAGGUUGGCAAAUCAAACACGCUAAUGGACCCGUUGGAGUUGCUGCUGCCGCGGCAAUUGUUUCCGCAAAGAAAAGGAAACGACCACACAGUUUCGAGACGAAUCCCAGCAUUCGGAAGAGACAACAAAACAGACUACUGAGGAAACUCAGACAAACAAUAGACGAGUUUGCGACACGAGUAGGUCAGCAAGCCAUUGUUUUGGUAGCAACGCCCGGCAAACCAAACAGUAGUUACAAAGUCUUUGGUGCAAAACCAUUGGAGGACGUGGUGAAGAAUCUUCGAAAUGCGAUAAUGGAGGAAUUGGAGAAUGCUUUGGCGCAACAAGCACCACCUCCCGUUCAAGAUGACCCGUCGCUUUAUGAACUGCCACCUCUGAUAAUCGACGGGAUUCCCACGCCCGUUGAAAAAAUGACACAGGCCCAACUCAGGGCGUUCAUUCCUCUAAUGCUGAAGUAUUCCACUGGCAGAGGCAAACCUGGCUGGGGCAGAGAGAGCACGCGACCGCCCUGGUGGCCAAAGGAAUUGCCCUGGGCGAAUGUACGGAUGGACGCGCGUUCCGAGGACGAGAAACAAAAGAUCUCGUGGACGCACGCGUUAAGACAAAUAGUGAUAAACUGCUACAAAUUUCACGGAAGGGAGGAUCUGCUGCCGGCGUUCAGCGAGGAAGACGACAAGUCGAAUGUGCUUUUGCAGCAGGGCACAUCGUCCCAUCAGUCGCACUCGUCAGGACAGAAUCAACAGCAGCAGCAGCAACAGACGGUGGGAGUUGUUCGCCUGAGCAGCACGGGUUCAUCUAAGGGAAACUGCUCGCCACCGCAAAUCAGUGCCGCGUCACCCACAGCUUUUGCCACUGCCACCCAGAUGCAGUACCCAACCGCUGUUCUCCAAACGAUAACCAAUCCGGACGGAACCGUUUCCCUCAUUCAAGUGGAUCCUAGCAAUCCCAUCAUCACAUUACCGGAUGGUACCACCGCACAAGUUCAAGGAGUCGCCACGAUACACACGAGUCAAGGGGAAGUGCAAACCCUCGCCGAGGUGACCGGCGGAGAUGGCAGCGUCUCCGUGGACUUGAACAGCGUGACGGAAGCGACCUUGGGCCAGGAUGGGCAAAUAAUCCUCACCGGAGAAGACGGACAUGGCUAUCCAGUCUCAGUCUCGGGUGUCAUCACAGUACCAGUGUCGGCCAGUAUGUACCAGACAAUGGUGGCAAACAUUCAGAGCGACGGUACCAUGCAAGUAGUGCCCCAAAUGGUUCAGAUUCCAAAACAAGAACCAGGAAAUGGGGAAGCGAGCAUCGAGGCCGUCACCAUUCAGGGUGGCCACCCCAUGACCAUGAUAAACGCAAAUGGAGAACACCAGGUUCUCCAGGUCAUCUCCCUCAAGGACGCCAACGCGCUCACCAAAGCGAUGCAGGGUGAAAUCGUCAAAGACGAAGACAGUCAGCAACAGCAAACCGUCUCCAGUCCCGAGUAAAUCCAUCUGAGGCUUCGAAUCAAUACCCUUUUAACGCACUUGCAACGUUUUCUAGUUUAUCUGGGCGAUGCCCAUUUUAUCGGGCAGAUGGAAAUCAAAUGGGCAUCUUCCGGUUCUCUUUAUUUAGAGGGAGGGAGCGGGGUGCCUUUCUAAGGUCGACUAUGAAUUACCAUUUUUUCCCAGUAAUAUGGAUCUGGAAACUUGAGGGCGCCACUGUCGAAGAAAUAAAUAUGGCCGGCAUAAAGCAGCUGAUUUUCGAAUAGAUAUAAAAACGACAUUUUCCCUCCUUGGUUUCUGAAAGUUUAAAUUUUUAUGCAUAAAGUAAAAAUGCUACAUUAGUUAUUAAUAUAUAUUUUUAGUAAACUUUUUGUGAAUUUUAAGUAGAGGUUUUUUUUGCGAUUAAAAGUCAUCUACUUAUGUCGGCCAUGUUUUAUCUUUUCCACUCUCGCGCCCUCAAGAUUUGAGGUCUCGCUGACAUCAAUUUUCCAGUAAAUGUGCCAUAGUAGUGUAAUAAUUUAAUUAAAUCUAUUGAUUUAAUUAAGUUUGAUAUGAUUGUUUUAUAUAUAUCUAAGUAUUAUUUAAUUUUUUUACUUUGUUUCCUGAGCGAUUUUACGGAAUUUUUUUAUUUUUACUUUUUAUUGGGAAGGAGAUCAGUCAUGGUUUGCAUGCAUUGUGGAUUCUGUUUAUUUUCUAUUUUUAUUAAAUUUGGAAAGU